CUAAUCGAAGAAGAAAAUUAGAAAAGAAAAGAAAACAUAUUUCAAAAAAAAACAACAACAGCCAAACCAAUCAAAAUCGUCCAAUUUUCCCCAAUCACUCUUCAGAUUCCGAAAAGAAAAGAAGAAAGAAAGAAACCGGAGUUGAGUUGAGACUUGAAAGAUGGUUACGCCGAACUGGGAACUGAGGGGUUGCUGUAACCGAAACCAGAACGCGUUCCUCAUCACCAUCGGAAUCUUCACCGUCGUUAUCCUUCUGUUGUGGAGGACAUUUCUUUUAACUCCGUUUAAACUGAUCACUGUGUUUCUUCACGAAGCAAGUCAUGCUGUUGCUUGCAAGCUUACUUGUGGAGAUGUAGAGGGGAUGGAGGUGAAUGCAAAUGAAGGAGGUUCCACAACAACCCGUGGUGGCAUUUAUUGGCUCAUCUUACCUGCUGGCUAUCUUGGCUCAUCAUUUUGGGGAAUGGCUUUGAUUCUUUCAUCUACCAAUCUGCUUACAGCUAGAAUAGCUGCUGGUGGUCUGGGUCUUGCUUUAUUCAUCGUCCUCUUCAUUGCCAAGAACUGGACGCUUCGUGGUCUUUGUAUAGGUUUCAUAGUUUUCCUCGCUAUCAUUUGGGUUCUACAAGAGUUAACUACUGUCAAAAUACUCCGUUAUGUCAUUCUCUUUAUUGGUGUGAUGAACAGCUUAUUCUCAGUUUACGAUAUCUAUGAUGAUCUGAUAUCACGGAGAGUCCACUCAAGCGAUGCUGAGAAGUUUGCAGAGAUCUGUCCUUGCUGCACUGGUUGUGGCUGGGGUGUCAUUUGGGGAAUGAUAUCAUUUAUGUUUCUUUGCGCGUCGCUGUAUCUCGGGCUUGUGAUCCUAUCAUAGAGAAAGGUUCAGAUUCUUCGUGGUGAAAUGCAGAGAUUCUUUUCUAUCAUCAGUGCGCAGUUAACAAUAGUUUGAUUCUUUAAGAUCCCUUUGUGUGUGUUGGGAUUUACAUUUGAUUGAAAGUUUAUUUGAAAAGUUUGUAUUCUUAUUUUAGUUUGACGUAUAUUGAAUACAACUCAUUGAUUGGUCUGUUGGAUACAUCGUUUAAAGAGGUACUUUGACUUCUGGUUAA